CAGCUCGGGGGGGGCCUUCCCCCCCCCACAUUGUCGUGACGUCACCGAGGGUUUUCACGUGGCGUUUUGACGUCACGGCUAAUCCAGGCCCUCUCCGAUCUCUCGCCCGUUGCGUGCUGGUGGCUACGACUGCUCCGAGGCCGCGCACGUGGUCACGAGCCGGCCCAGGGCCUAUAGCUCAUUUGUUAAUUGACAGAUAGUUGAUAAUUGCUAGUUAGUUGUUUGUUGCGUGGGUGGUGGUUGGUGGUGGUUGUUGUUGUUGGGGAGCGAUGUCGCGCGUGUUCGAGGGGUUCCGCGCGCUCGGCUUGUUCACUGGGCCCGUGCCGCACGUGGUGCGUGUUCAUAGGCGGCACCAGCAGGCGUACGUGCUCACCGCUGUGGGGCCCCGGCUGCACUCGUACAGCGUUAACAAGCUUGCAAUUGUCUCCAUCAGCAAUGCCCUCCCGGAGGACAUCAGCUGCCUCGCAGCGAACCGCAUGUUGGCAUUUGCGGCGUACGGAAGCAAGAUCGCUACCAUCGCUCGCGGGAAAGAGGUGGUGCACACCUACGACGGGCACUCGGGAGAAGUCCACCUCCUCCUGCCGUUGGGAGACCAUCUGGUGUCCGUGGACAGAGACAACAUCCUCGUGGUGUGGGACGUUCAGACGGAAGAGGAGUAUCUGAGGCUGGAACCCGACCCCCAGGUGUUUGGAAUCAGCGCCGUCAUGCACCCCAGCACCUACAUGAACAAAGUCCUGCUUGGCUCCCGGCAGGGCCCUCUGCAGCUGUGGAACCUCAAGACUGGAAAGCUGCUCUUCACAUUCAAAGGAUGGGCUUCAGAAGUUACUUGCCUGCAGCAGGCCCCAGCGGUGGAUGUUGUCGGUGUGGGCCUCCAGUCCGGCUCCGUGUUCCUGCACAAUAUCAAGGUCGACGAGACGCUCAUGAAAUUCCACCAGGACUGGGGCCCUGUCACCUGCAUAUCUUUCCGCACAGACGGUCCGGCCGUAAUGGCCACAGGGAGCUCCCUGGGCCACAUUGCACUGUGGGACCUGCACGACAGGAAGCUGUUGGCACAGAUGCGGGACACGCACGCGGCCGCCGUUGCCGGGGCGACCUUCAUCCACAACGAGCCGCUGCUCCUCACGACGGCCGGGGAUAACGCCAUCAAGGUGUGGGUGUUCGAGUCGGCCGGGGGCAGCCCCAGGCUGCUGCGUGAACGCUGCGGGCACAGCGCCCCGCCGACGAGCAUCCGUCACCACGGCCAGGAUGGCUUCAACAUCCUGAGCGCCGGACAGGACGGGACGCUGCAGUCCUUCUCUGUGGUCCACGACCGAUUCAACAAAAGCCUGGGCCGCGGCUCCAUCAACAAGAAGAAGUCAAAAAAGAAAGGGCUCAAGCUGGACACGAUGAAGCUGCCACCCAUCUGCGCCUUCGCAUCAGAGACGGCACGCCAGAGCGACUGGGACGGCAUCGUGUCGUGCCACCGAGGCUUCGUGAGCGUGAGCACGUGGAGCUUCCUGCGCGGAUCCAUGGGGAGCCACCGACUGGAGCCGGAGGGCAUGAAACGCGACCGCACGGACCCCACCACCGCUACGGCGGUGACUGUCUCUCCCUGCGGAAACUUUGCGAUCAUCGGCCUCUCCUCCGGCCACGUCAACGUCUACAACCUGCAGUCGGGCCUGCCGCGCGGCUCGUUCGGCUCGCCCACGGGUAACGCCACAACCCUCCCACGCCCCCGGGUCAGCCCACGCAUAGGAAGGGCUCACGGGGGCCCCGUGCGAGCCGUCGCCCUCGACCUUCUGGGUCAGAUGGCCGUGUCGGUCGGGGGGGACUUGGCACUGCGGGUCUGGGGUUUCAAGUCCCGCGCGCUCCUCCACGAGACCCUUCUCCCCGCCGCGCCGGGCGGCGCCAUCCUGCACCGCGACAGUGGUCUGCUCGCCGUCUGGUGCGACGACCUCUCCGUGCUCGUGUUUGACGUGGAGAUAAAGAAGAUCGUCAGGGUUUUGAACGGACACGGCGCCCAGAUCACAGACGCGACGUUCAGCCCGGACGGACGCUGGCUCCUCACGGCCUCCAUGGAUCGCAGCGUGCGGACCUGGGACCUGCCUUCGGGCUGCCUGGUGGACGUGCUCGCCGUCUCCUCGCCCGUCGUGAGCCUCUCCAUGUCGCCCACGGGCGACUACCUGGCCACAGCCCUGAGCGACCACCUCGGAAUCUACCUGUGGUCUAACAGGAGCAUGUACACGCACGUGUCCCUGCGGCCUCUCCCGGCUGACUACGAGCCCAAGACGGAGGCUCUGCCGGGAGGAGCUUCUCACGGUGGUGACGUCGCGGUGCGAGAAGACGAGGUCUUUGGCGACGACGGGGGCGACGAGGCGAUGGUGUCGGAGUUCCACUCCCCCGAGCAGCUCUCCGAGUCGCUCGUUACCCUCUCGUCCGUGCCCGAGAGCCGCUGGAAGAACCUCCUCAGCCUGGACGUCAUCAGGAAGCGGAAUAAGCCCAAGGAGCCUCCCCGUGCCCCAGAAAAGGCUCCAUUUUUCCUGCCGACCACUCCAGGGCUGACACCGGCCUUCUGUGCCCCGGCCAUCGCGGACUCGCAGGCCGCGACCAAGGUAGUGCAGCUGGGUCACUUGAAUCCCAAGUCGGAAUUCAGCCGAAGCCUCGAGGAGGCGUGGGAGUCGAACGACUUCUCGGGGCCCCUUCGUGAGCUGUCGUCCCUGGCCCCCGGCACGGUCGAGUCGGAGCUGCGGGCGCUGGGCCCCGCGUGGGGGGGGUCCCCGGUGCUGCUCGCCGCCUUUCUGCGAUCAGCCCUGCACGGUCUCCGCUCCCGUGGGAACUUCCAGCUGCUGCAGGCCCAGCUCGCGCUCUUCCUCAAGCUGCACCUGCGCGAGCUGAGCGAGCACGAGGAGGUGGUGGGCGAGCUGGCGCAGGUGAGCGCCGCUCACGAGGACACCUGGGCCGAGGUGCAGCACCUGAUGCUGCACACGCUGUGCGUGCUGGGAUACACCCGCAGCGCUCUCUUCUGAGAGCCGCGACGGGGCCCCCGCUUUCUCUCCCGCUCACCUUCGCACGCGCCGCACAACUAACGCACGGGGCAAACCCUUGGUCUCUGGACCGCUGAGACGCACGUUUGUUCCCUGUGAUUUCAAGGAAAGGUCGGGGGGGUGCGACUUACAAUCCUGAUAGCUGCGUGUGGGUGUGUGUGUGUGUGUGCCAUGCGACAUUUGAAUAACUUUAUUGGCACCGGGCACAAGUUUGGGAUGCGUCGUGCUUUCUUGAUGCGGGUGCCCACAUUGUGCGUACUCUCUCGUGAGCUCGCUCGCAACCUGCGCGCGGGAUUCCACACUCGUGCUUUGGCAGCCUGUGCCCAUCUUCUCACCCGUACUCUCGUGCUCCGUUUCCACGACAAAAGUUUUACUGGGCAGUGGUGUAGCGUGGUUGGCAUGGUCCCAGGCGCAAGGAAUUGAAUGGGGAAUCCAAGGCUGCGCCACUGGUACUGGGCCCUUCCUGGACUCUGGCCCCUCCUACUUUGUCCCCACUGCCUCCUCUCUGCGGUUGCAGGGAAGCGAUCGUAAUAUUCCUAUUCGGUGUUAAUGUACGCUUGGCUCAGCGUAUGCUUGUUCCAAACAAUAGUGUAACAUCCUAAUUUUCUGCUGGUUUUUUUUUCAAGCAAUAGCGCCACCAUGGGGUUUGACCUUCGCGGCGAGCGACGUCAUCGACGGCAUUGCUCUUCCGCGUAGCCCUUGUGACGUCACAAACGUUGUUCCGAGUUCCGAGGUUGGGCCUGAGUGAGAGUGCACAGCUCCCUGUGAAGUAAGGCAGCCACACUGCCCAGUUACAGCGAAUCCACGUGGCCUCGUUGAGGCCUGGAUUGUUCCCAUGUGUGUACGUUGACAUUUUGUCUAACCGUACGUAGCCAACCGUGCUAAUUGGAGGUGCAGGACAAGGACAAACUAAACGCCAAAAGCAACGUGUAGUGUGGUGUCAAUGUAUGGGGUCUGUUGUGCUACAAGACUAGAAUCAAGAGUGGUGUCAAACCAUAAACAUCUGCGAGUCGAAUUUAAUUACUUGACUCAUCCACGCACGAUCACGUACGUGUACCAUGUCCAAAAGUCUUGACCAUUUCCCGUGAAUUGUUACUUAAUUUAUUAACUCGUGCAAAACGGUGUUGUGGAGAAUCGCAGCACAGCCUUGUUCAUUUCUUAGUCACGCAAUUGCAUGUUCAGGCAAUUGCAUGUUCAGGCCACUGCUGACCGAAGGGGCCUCCUCUCGAGGUUUUUGGCCUACUUUACCACAUUGGAAGAUGUUUUGGAGGAGUCCAGAGUACCCGCCACACGUGACCUAGCAAUCAACUCACUGUGCCCUAUCCAUUUAUACUGCCGGGUGGAAAGAGGCAAGGGGAUUUGAGAAACUUGGUGGUAACUCAAAUUUAACUGCUGGUGGAGAGUGGGCCAAGUCGACAAGAAUCCGGGAAAAUAAACGUGACGGAAAGUGUUGGUGGCAACAUUUUCUCCGUGGAAAAGUGAGGACGAGAGUUGGGCCCCCCCCGAAUGUUGUGCUCGGUAAACAUGGAAAGAUUUGCAGCACCACAACAUCACAGGCACCAUCGCAUAGCGUCGCGCAUGACCGCAUAGCGUCACCCGCAUCACUCUACAUACAGAUUUGUACAAAAAAACACAUUGUGCCUCCCGUUGCAUCCCAUUUUUAUUGCAAAUGGGGGGUGGGGGGGGGGAAACGUUUUAAUUUGUUUUAAUAAAUAUGAAUUGAGUAAAUGGAGCAGGGUUCUGUGAUUAAAAACAAGCUGGCAAGCCAGUUUGUGUGGGGAGCCUCCCAUGUGCGAGGGGAAUCUGCUGUACAGGAAAUGUGUGUCGAGGGAGACGUGCGUUACGCGUGAGCUGACACGCUGCGCGUAUCUUAUGUUUUUGUAAAGCGUUUUCAUGGCUGUUCCGAUUAGUUCAGUUGUACCACGUGCUGUUCGGCACGAUGACCGACGUUUUGCUCCACGUGUUGUGGGGGCUUCUUGAGGAAUCCGAAUAAAGUGGCUCACUUUCUCACUCGGUUAGUUUGCGUUGCCUGCUGUUGAUGGUGUUGCCGGUUCUUGAUGGCGAUGAACGGAACGUCGGACAUGGCUGCGAACAACGCAUGGUACAACCCGAAUACGCACCUGGGAGCCGUACAACAGAACCACAAAAACAUUCCCAGGAGCAACUUUUUGUCCCAGUUUUGCCCAAACGCUCUACAGCUGUGGGUGGUGGUGGUGGACAGCUGUGUGGUGGUUAGUUUUUUUGUGGUUGUGUAAACACGUAACUUGUCUUUGUAGACUGAUGGACACAUGGACAGAGAACUUUCCGUUGCAUAGAAACAAGUGACAUCUGCCCCUAAUACACGCAAGGAAAUGGACUCAAAAUGACACAUUUAAGUAAAGUGCAAACGUGUUAUUUUUGCAAAAAAAACUAACGUUUUAGCGAAUGUAAAUAGAAAUUAAAUGCGUUUUGUAUGUAAAA